ACGGACACGUGAAACUGUAGCGUAAUGGUAAUGCUAGCUUCAAAGUCAACAUUUUUAGGGAGUGAUUAACUCAUUUAAUGAUCGUUGGUGUUGUUAGAGUUAUUUGUGCGCACUAUAGGGUUGCGGCUAAGCUUACAGUUUGAUAUUAGCGUACUUCAAUGUAACUUACUGAUUUAAGAUGGUACAGUGUGGUCUGGUGAUAUGACUCUAACAAUAAUACGUUAGCUAUUUUGUAUAGCCUACAAAAUAACGACAACAACACACACGUCUUCGAGAAGAGUCACGUGAACUAAUUUAGCUGAAGGUUGGUUUGCUAACUGCCUGAACAAAUCAUGACGCGCUGGGCAAGAGCCAACAAUGUCCACAAACACAAACCUGCAGAUGCCACCCCAUGGAGCCAGCUAAGGACUGGUGCUGGUCGGUCAAAUGCAGACGCGAGCUCCGGUGCUGACCGUCGAGGACCUUCCAAACAAAAGCCUAGCAAAGGACCACUGAGGCGUACUCAGACUGGCCAGGGAAGUAUAAAGUCAAAGAAGGAGUCCUCCACUGAUGUAAAUGGCUUUUUGGAUUAUCUCAAGCAGACAGGGCAGCCAUUGCCAGGCAGAAGGCAAGUGACACACCAGGAGUUCAGUGAAGAGCUGAAUAUUGCCCUCAAAAAGGACAAGAGGAGAGAAGACAGGAGACUCAAGAGACAAUCUUCUAAAAAGAGUAACAUGGUGUGUUUCCACUGCAGGAAGCCAGGUCACGGCCUUGCAGACUGCCCAGAUGCAGACAAGGAUGUGGAGAUGGGCCGUGAUAUCUGCUAUCGCUGUGGCUCUUCCGAACACGAGAUCCAAAGAUGCAGAGCCAAAGUGGACCCUGCCCUUGGUGAAUACCCAUAUGCCAAGUGUUUCACAUGCGGCCAGACUGGUCAUCUCUCCAAAUCGUGCCCUGAUAACCCCAUGGGAAUGUAUGCUGCUGGACGUUGCUGUCGAUUGUGUGGCUCUGUUGAACACUUCCAAAAAGAUUGUCCUGAGCACCAGAGUGCAACAAACUCAAUCACACUCAGACGCUUGUCCAAUAACCUGAGUGCUGACCAUGAGGAUGUCCACGUUCCAGUGAAGAAAGUGCAGGCCAAGGCUAAGCCUAAAGUGGUUGUAUUCUAAUGAUUGCAAGCUGUUGUUGAGAUCAAAAUGGAAAACACGGAGGACUUUCUUCAGUCUUUUUGUCUGCAGUCUUUUUUUUUUUUUGGCUGUUUCACAAAACAAUGAUACCCUCAGACAUCAACAUCAACCCAGGAAAUCGCUGGGGAAUUAUGAACUGUUCACAUUCGUGGUUCAGACUUGUUGGAAAUAUUACAGAUAUUUAAAUGAUGUACAUUUUUUAGGCUUUGUGUUAAAUGCUUUGAACAUAAAAAAACCAACAGAAUUUGCAUAUAAUAAAUACUGUAUAUAUUCAAACAUGA